GCGGCCCUGACCCGCCGGCCGCGACAACGCCUCACAAAAGGUCACGGCCGCAGGUUAAGCGAAAUUAGGGUCGGGUUCCGGAGUGUCAGCAAGACCAUCUGUUUGUGCCGCGACACUGCCUGCUGCUGCUCCACGCCACACACCCUACCUCUCCACGCCCUCACACGCCACACACCAUGCCUCUCCACGCCCUCACACGCCACACAGCCUGCCUCUCCACGCCCUUACACGCCACACACCCUACCUCUCCACGCCCUCACAUGCCACACACCAUGCCUCUCCACGCCCUCACACGCCACACACCAUGCCUCUCCACGCCCUCACACGCCACACACCCUACCUCUCCACGCCCUCACACACCACACACCCUACCUCUCCACGCCCUCACACGCCACACACCCUACCUCUCCACGCCCCUCACACGCCACACACCCUGCCUCUCCACGCCCUCACACACCACACAGCCUGCCUCUCCCACGCCCUCACACGCCACACAGCCUGCCUCUCCACGCCCUCACACGCCACACAGCCUGCCUCUCCACGCCCUCACACGUCACACACCCUGCCUCUCCACGCCCCUCACACGCCACACAGCCAGCCUCUCCACGCCCUCACACGCCACACAGCCUGCCUCUCCACGCCCUCACACACCACACAGCCUGCCUCUCCACGCCCUCACACACCACACAGCCUGCCUCUCCACGCCCUCACACACCACACAGCCUGCCUCUCCACGUCCUCACACACCACACAGCCAGCCUCUCCACGCCCUCACACGCCACACAGCCUGCCUCUCCACGCCCUCACACGCCACACAGCCUGCCUCUCCACGACCCCCACCCAACUACAGCUUGCCUACCUCCCCAGCCUGCCUCUGUCCUGCCUUGUGUCUUCUCUUGAUGAGUGAUUAA